CAAGGAAGAGGUAUAUACUAGGGACUACGAGUUUGAGUGGCUUCAAACGCUUCUGAUCGGCCUACAUCGCCGUUGUCCGGAAUGGUUCAACCAGUUAUCAGAAUUUGGCAAGAGUGCUCAGAACCUGGGGCGAGAGUGAGUGCACAAGCUUACAUCGUAGUUGCAGGGUAUGUAUUCACCGAGUUUGGCCAGUGAUGUCAGCGCUGAGAAGAGACUCCUAAUCUCAGAUGAAGACAAACGCUUCAAUAGAACCUUUUCUCUACGACUCCCAGAAACUUCAACUCCAACCCACACCUCCCUACCCACCAGCACACACCAAGAAACUACCACCCCGUCUCUACAGGCACCAUGGAGUCUCUCAUCACCUGCUACCCCCAAAUCCACUGCGGCCACUGCGGCGCCGACCACUACAACCUAACCGGCGAAGAAGAAGACAACCUCUGGAGCAUCUCUGAUGGGGGAAACCUGAACGCCGAAAUCAUCCCCAUCCUCCACGACAACUCGGUCCGAAAGCGCUGCCUAUUCGACGUCAUCAACCGGAACAACGCCUCUCUCGAGGAACGAUUGGAGAAGAAGGUAGAAGCUUUCACGAUCUUGGAGAAGAGAUGCCUUGAGCUCCAAAAACACCACACGGAUCUCAAGGCGCACUAUGAUGAGCUGAAGAAGGCGGUUAUAGAGCGAGUGGCGGCGCAUGAGAGCAGGAUACGAGCUCUAUGCAAGGAGAAGAUGGCGUUGGAGGAACGGAAUAGGCAGAUGGAGGCGAAUAUGGCCGCGUUGGAGAGGGUUAUACCGGGUAUGGGUAGGGAACUGGGGGGGAUGAAUUAG